CAAUUCUCAUCUAUCGGCUUCUCCGCCUUGCUCUGUCCACCAACAAACUCUCAGUUUUCGCUUUACGAAAAUGGAAGCAAUGUCAGGGAAGAUUGUCGAAAAUGUUACUGUGUCACAAUGCUACCAACUAAGUAGGAAGUUCGACAACCGAUAUCAAAGGGACUAUUGUGCCCCUUUUAUGCGCAAAGUGCUUCCCUUACAGCAAGGGAGGUUAGCAUGGACUGCCAUUCCUUCCAUGCAAUUGCGCAACUUAUCAAAAUUCCAGAGCAGUUUUGUAAAGCGAGGAACUGUUCAUUGCAAUGCUGCUGCAUCUACAACUGCAGUACCAUAUCUCGAAAAAGUUGAUUUUUUGAAGCUUCAAAAUGGCAGUGAUAUUCGAGGUGUUGCUGUUGCUGGGGUUGAAGGAGAACCGCUUAAUCUGACUGAACCUGUGGCAGAAGCAAUAGCAGCUGGUUUUGCAGCAUGGUUAGUGGAAAAGAAGAAGGACGACUCUAAAUGUUUGAGAGUUUCUAUUGGCCAUGAUUCUCGAAUAUCUGCACAAAAGUUAGAGGAUGCAAUUUCGCGAGGAAUCGCUGGUGCUGGUCUGGGUGUUGUUCAAUACGGAUUGGCAUCCACACCAGCCAUGUUUAAUAGCACAAUUACCAAAGAUGAUGGUUUCUUAUGUCCUGCAGAUGGGGCCAUAAUGAUAACAGCUAGUCAUUUGCCUUACAACAGGAAUGGAUUCAAAUUCUUCACAAAUGCUGGAGGGCUUGGGAAAGCUGACAUUAAAAACAUAUUAGAGCGUGCUGCAGAUAUUUACACUAAGUUUACAGUGGAGGGUUUGACAAGUUCAAAAGAAAAGGCACUUGCUUCUGUGAAGAGAGUCAAUUACAUGGACAUAUAUACAUCUGAUCUUGUAAAGGCAGUUCGCAAAGCUGCAGGAAAUAUAGAGAAGCCACUGGAAGGAUUCCAUAUUGUUGUUGAUGCAGGGAAUGGAGCAGGAGGAUUUUUUGCUGCAAAAGUGCUCGAACCUCUUGGGGCAGUCACUUCUGGUAGUCAGUUCUUGGAGCCAGAUGGUAUGUUUCCAAACCAUGUUCCAAACCCAGAGGACAAAGCAGCCAUGAAAGCUAUCACUCAGGCAGUCCUUGAUAACAAAGCUGAUUUGGGGAUCAUCUUUGAUACAGACGUUGAUAGAUCUGCUGCUGUGGACUCUACCGGCAGCGAGUUCAAUCGGAAUCGGCUGAUUGCCUUGAUGUCUGCCAUUGUUCUUGAGGAACAUCCAAGAACAACUAUUGUCACAGACAGUGUCACUUCAGAUGGUCUCACCACAUUCAUCGAGCAGAAACUUGGGGGGAAGCACCACCGUUUCAAAAGAGGCUAUAAAAAUGUCAUUGAUGAAGCUAUUCGUUUGAACUCUGUGGGUGAGGAAUCACAUCUGGCUAUUGAAACUAGUGGCCAUGGAGCUCUGAAGGAAAACCAUUGGCUUGAUGAUGGUGCAUACCUCAUGGUCAAAAUUUUAAAUAAACUUGCCUCAGCUAGAGCUUCAGGACAUGGUGGUGGCAGCAAAGUUUUGACUGAUCUCUUAGAAGGUUUGGAGGAACCAGGUUAUUCAGUGGAACUGAGAUUAAAGAUCAAUCAAAGUCAUCAAGAUCUUCAAGGAGGAUCUUUCCGAGACUAUGGAGAAGCAGUGUUGAAACAUUUGGAAAACUAUAUUGAAUUGCAUCCAAAGCUUAGAAAAGCCCCUGUAAACUAUGAAGGGGUCCGAGUUUCUGGGAAUGGUGGGUGGUUUCUUCUUAGACUCUCGCUUCAUGAUCCUGUACUUCCCCUUAACAUAGAGGCACCAAGCAAGGAUGAUGCUGUAUUACUUGGAAAUGUUGCGCGUGCUGCUUUGACGGAGUUCUCUGCUUUGGAUACAUCUGCUUUAGACAAGUUUGUCCAAGCAUCCUAGUUUUUGGUUUACACAAGUGGGGAAGCCUAUGGCAUCUUCAUGUGUGUAUCCCUUUUUGUAAUGGAGUUUGUUUUGCAGCUUCGGAUAUAGUUGUUUGGCGCCAUAGGGCCUUGAAGAUUCUGUCAGACUAAUGACACCCGAAUACUAUUGUACAAAAAUCGAGUUUACCUGAUUUUGGUUCUAUAAGUACACAAACACAUGAAUAAUCAAUAAUGUGGAUUUCUCAUUUAUAGUUUUCU